AUGCCUCCAAUCAGCUCGGGUGAUCUACACAGGAUUUUCAAGAACCUCGACAAAAACAACAAUGGCCACGUCAGCAUUCAAGAACUCCACCGCCUUCUCGGCCACGUCGGGGCCCGCACGACCCCCGAGGAGCUCGAAAGUUACGCGGGCCGAAAAACCCUCGAUUUCGUCGACUUCUUGUUCUUCUACGAGGCCGCCACGGCCGAGCCAUCGAAAUCCAAGACAACCGAACGGCGGCACGAAAACGAGCUUUUCGAGGCGUUUAAAGUUUUCGAUUUGAACGGCGACGGGUACAUAUCGUCAGAGGAGUUGGAGAGCGUGUUGUCGAGAUUAGGAUUGUGGGACCCGAAAACCGGAAAGGACGGUAAGGACAUGAUUGGCACGUAUGACGAGAAUUCGGAUGGGGUUUUAGAUUUCGGGGAGUUUAAGAAUAUGAUGUCUAAUGCUUCUAGUUCCGAAACCGAGAUUUAG